CAGAUGGUGGCAAUUCCAGGGGGAGUGUUCACCAUGGGCACUGAUGAGCCUGAAAUCCAGCAGGAUGGAGAGGGCCCUGCCAGAAGAGUCCACAUUGACAGCUUCUACAUGGACCAGUACGAGGUCAGCAAUGAGGACUUUGAGAGAUUCGUGAAUGCCACUGGGUACAUCACUGAGGCAGAGAAGUUUGGUGACUCCUUUGUGUUCGAGGGAAUGCUGAGUGAGGCAGUGAAGGCUGACAUCCACCAAGCAGUUGCAGCUGCUCCCUGGUGGUUGCCUGUGAAAGGAGCCAGCUGGAGGCACCCUGAGGGUCCUGACUCCAGCAUCUCCAGCAGGAUGGACCACCCAGUCCUCCACGUGUCCUGGAAUGAUGCUGUGGCAUUCUGCAGGUGGGCAGGGAAGCGCUUACCCACGGAGGCUGAGUGGGAGUACAGCUGCCGAGGGGGCCUGGAGAACAGGCUUUUCCCCUGGGGCAACAAGCUGCAGCCCAGAGGUCAGCACUAUGCCAACGUGUGGCAGGGACAGUUCCCCACUAACAACACUGCAGAGGAUGGCUACAAGGGCACUGCACCUGUCACUGCCUUCCCCCCCAAUGGAUAUGGGCUGCACAACAUGGUGGGCAAUGCCUGGGAAUGGACCUCUGACUGGUGGGCUGUCCAUCACUCCUCAGAGCAGCUUGACAACCCUCAAGGACCAACCUCGGGCACAGACAGAGUGAAGAAAGGAGGAUCCUACAUGUGCCAUAAGUCUUACUGCUACCGGUACCGCUGUGCGGCUCGGAGCCAGAACACCCCGGACAGCUCCUCCUCCAACCUGAGCUUCCGCUGCGCCGCGCCCGGGCAGCGUGGGGCUGGCACUCCCUGA